ACAUCCGCCGCCGCUUCACGGCGCUCGCCCAGGCAAAUAUUCAAAUAUACGCCUACCCGCGCAUUAACUCGCUCAGUAGAUAUCACAUUCGAACAGCAGUGAGGCAAGAAGUGUUCCUAAACAGUGUCGACAGCUCGAGAGCUAUGUUUUGGUCGGCAUAACAUGCUAAUACUACAUGUUUAACGUCUUUCUCAGGUGUUGGAAAAGUUGCGUUUUGGCCCGUUUAAAAUGUGUGGAAGAACAGCGUGCACUCUGGCUCCUGACGAGCUGAGACGAGCUUGCUCUUAUAGAAACCGAGCGGGUCAGAGGAGAAAGCCCCGCUGGAGGGAUGGAGACGCGGACAAGUACCGACCCUCCUACAAUAAGAACCCGCAGUCCAUGAGUCCCGUCCUGCUGUCACAGAGGCACUUUGACAAGGAGGCUCCUGUGGAUAAGCGUGUGUUGGCCUCAAUGCGGUGGGGUCUGGUACCUUCAUGGUUCAAGGAGAGUGACCCCAGCAAGAUGCAAUACAGUACCAGCAACUGUCGCAGUGAGAAUAUAUUGCAGAAAAAGUCCUACAAGGAUCCCAUGUUAAAAGGACAGCGCUGCGUCAUCCUAGCUGAUGGUUUCUAUGAGUGGCAAAAGGUUGAAAAAGGCAAACAGCCUUUCUUCAUCUAUUUCCCUCAGACUCGGGAACCCAGCCAGAAGCCAAAAAAGACUGAGGAUGACCCUGCAACCUCAGCUCGCAAUAAGGAGAAAUCAGAGACAGUGCACCCUCCAGGCAAACCCUCCUCAGGGUUGAAGAAGGGAGGUGAAGCAGCAAGUGAGUGGACAGGAUGGAGGCUGCUGACUAUGGCGGGAGUAUUUGACUGCUGGACACCACCAGAUGGUGGAGAACCCCUUUACUCGUACAGUAUAAUAACUGUGAGUGCUUCCCCAAAUCUGCAAAGCAUCCAUGAUAGGAUGCCUGCGAUCCUGGAUGGAGAGGAAGAGGUGCGACGAUGGCUUGAUUUUGGGGAGGUGAAGUCUCUAGAAGCUCUCAAACUGCUCCAGUCAAAAAAUAUUCUGACUUUUCACCCCGUCUCUUCGUUAGUCAACAACACGCGCAACAACUCUCCAGAAUGCCUCCAGCCAGUGGAUCUCAACAGCAAAAAGGAGCCCAAGCCCACUGCAAGCAGUAAAAUGAUGGCGAACUGGCUGUCAAGCAGUUCCCCUUCAAAGAGGAAGGAGUCCUGCACAAGUGAGAGUAAAGAAGAGCAAGAAAGCAAGCCACAGAUUCAGCGCAAGUCUGCAGGAGGACUUCAGCAGUGGCUUCAGGGAGCCAACAAGAAACCAAGAACAAAGUAAAUACAUGAACUGAAAACUGCUUGUAUACUUUUAAAUGUGAUAGUGUUGUACUUCAAUUUAAGAUCUCAAUAAAUGUCACAC